AUGCCAGCCGAUUUAGACCAACUUGCAUACCUAUACGUCCGGAAGUCAUCUUCCUCGAACCCCCUCCCCGAGCCAGACCCUCGAAUCUCCGUUAGCGUCACGUUUCUUUACUUCCGUAGAAGCUCAGAAUUCAAGCCCUGCAACAGAUGCCAAAGAGUUUGCCGACUUUCGUUGUCAUCCAGGCAAAUGAGGCAGCAGUGA